UUCUUUGGCAGCUUCCUUGGUACUCAGAGAGGCCAAGAGGCUGCUCCUUUUUUUGUUGUGCACCAAACCUGUCUAAGGGUGUGUGGCCUCAGCAGCAUCCCAGCCUGGCAUACUCUGCUCUCCCUUCCCUGGUUGGCAUCAGAGCUGGAUGAUCCAGGGCUCCUGCUCCUAGACCAUGUGGAGCCUCUCCUGCUCCCAGCUUGUGCUGCUGCUCCUGUUGCUGAGAGGUGCUGAAAACACUUCUGCUCAAAAAGUCUGUGGCCAACCCAAAGUGCAUUCUCCUCGGAUUGUUGGGGGGCAGAAGGCUGAGGAAGGGGAGUGGCCGUGGCAGGUCAGCAUUCGAGAAAACAGACUACAUGUGUGUGGCGGAAGCCUCAUCUCAUCCCACUGGGUGGUGACAGCCGCCCAUUGUUUUGAAGGGCCACUGAAUCCACUUCGGUACCGAAUUCACCUGGGGGAAUAUGAGCUCCCCAAACCUGCACGCACCAUGGUCUCUUCUGCUGUCAGCCAGAUCAUAGUGCACCCGUAUUAUGCUGGAGACGGGCUCAGUGCUGACAUUGCACUAGUACGGCUGGAGGAGCCGGUAAAUAUUUCCCGGACUAUCUUGCCUGUCUGCCUGCCCAACGCAUCAGAUCCGGAUCCUUUCCCUGUUGGGAUGUCAUGCUGGGUCACUGGCUGGGGUAACCUCUACCCAGAUGCCUCCUUCCUCACUCGGACCCUGCAGGAACUGGAGGUGCCAAUCAUAGAUGUUGACGAGUGUGACAAAAUGUAUCACAAUGACUCCACCGCUGACACUGACACUGAGAUUGUGCCAACGGGCUACAGGCUGAUUUACAAUGACAUGAUCUGUGCUGGGUACGCAGAAGGAAAGAAGGACUCCUGCCAGGGUGACUCUGGAGGGCCCCUGGCCUGCAAGCUGAAUGACACUUGGUUCCUGGCUGGAGUGGUAAGCUUUGGGUUGAGUUGUUCGCUGCCCAACCGACCUGGAGUCUAUACCCGGGUCACCUCCUAUAUGGACUGGAUUCAACACGCCAUGGCAAAGAACACUCCCUCUAGUGGUGGCAUCCAUCUCUCGAGUGCCAGCCCUGCUCUCCUCUUGGUUUUCUUCCUUUUCCUGGGCUCUGUCCACCUGAAGGAACUUUAGCCCUGCCGAGGCCUGGCUGUUCCACUACCUGCAGGAAGUGCAAUUUAAAAAUGAGGUUCCACACGGCACUUAAUAUUACAUCCCCCACUCCAAUCUUGCAAUGCCUGUACUCAAAGGCAAGCUCUUAAGGAUGCUGGCCCACUCCCGUUCAGGACAAUGGGACUUACUUCCCAGAGAACUUAGGAUUGCAGUCUAGUCUUGUUUUAUUUUAUUAACUAUAACUGCCCUGGGAGUUCUAUCUGAACUGAAGGGCAGGCUAGAAAUGUUAUAAUACAAUAAAUACACAAUACUCUUCCGUUGCUUCUUAAGGAUGGGAGAGAAAUUCAAUCAGUUUGCAUUUAAAACAGAACUUAUCAAAUGUGCAUUUUCUGGAACCACAUAAGAACCGAAACACAGCUAUCCUGUGAAACAUGCACUGAUCUGAAUUUUGUGAUGCAGUUCUCCAAACAAGCAAUGUUUACAAAAAUGUGUAGAUUAGGGAAAAGUGAUCACAAAAAUAAAUAUGUUAGUGAAAAAACAUACAAUAUGCAUUAUAUUAGGAGAAAUUGCUUGCAAAAUGUGUACAUUUGUUGAAACUGCACACAAAAAUGUGUUUGUUAGGAGAAAUUCUUAUUAAAAUGCUGAAGAAUUUU